GGGACUGCGGUGGGCCCGGGUGCUGCGGCUGCCGCAGCACCGGCCGCGGCUCGGGCUCCGGCUCCCGGGCAUUUAAAGGGGACGCGGCGGCGGCCCGGGGGGAUGGGGGGCAGGUGGAGGGGACGGCCCAGACGCACAUCAUCCACGGCCCCUCGGAACUGGAGGGACUCGUGAGCCGGAGCCCAGAAAUCCAGGGGUGGAUAAGACACCGCGUCCCCUCCAAUUCCCGUAAGCACCCCUUGCCCCAUCCUGCGCCCAAAUACCUUAGCUAGCCCCUCUCCUCACUUUACACUCCAAACUAAGCCGGGACAGACCUCUGCCGCUGCCGCUCCCCACGUGAGUCCUGGGCUCCCCGAGGCAGGAGGAAACAAGGAGUAAUCCGGUGAUCUGACGUGGCAUCAGGGAGGCAAGCACCGCUUUUAAGUGGGACUAGAAUAUGGACUCCCUGCCGCCCCAGAGAAACUCCUCUCUCCUCUCUAUGCUCUAGCCAUCUAGAGAAGCUCAGACAUCCUGUCCCCCUUUUCUCUGAGGGACUCUUUUUGGUGACCACAAAAGAAUUUGGUCACUUAGGACAAAGCUGCCAGAGGAGCUCUGGACGACGGCUGUAGGCCAACGGAGUCUUCUGCAGUUGGUGCCCAGGGUGAUGCAGUGACAAUGAGCGGGUGUUUUCCAGUCACUGGUCUCCGAUGCCUGUCUAGGGUAUGUCGCGGCCUGGCACGGGAAGCUUCUAUCUCCCCAAGUCCCACUGCUUCUGCUGCCCGCUUCCUUCGGACUCUGGCAGAAACCCCACCCGCUGACGUGUUCCUCCCAGGGAACUGGUCUUGGAUGUGCCAGCGCCUCUGGCCGUGGCCCGCUAACCAGCCUCUCCCGGGCCGGCUCGCGCCGCGCCCCCUCUCGCUUGCUCCCUCCUCCUCCUCCUCCUGCUCCUCUCCCCCCUGCUCCCAGGACGGCGGGAUGGCCGCGCAGGGCGCGCCGCGCUUCCUCCUGACCUUCGACUUCGACGAGACCAUCGUGGACGAAAACAGCGACGACUCCAUCGUGCGUGCCGCGCCGGGCCAGCGGCUCCCCGACAGCCUGCGGGCCACCUACCGCGAGGGCUUCUACAACGAGUACAUGCAGCGAGUCUUCCAGUACCUGGGCGAGCAGGGCGUGCGACCGCGGGACCUGCGCGCCAUCUACGAGGCCAUCCCCCUGUCGCCGGGCAUGAGCGACCUGCUGCAGUUUGUGGCCAAGCAAGGCUCUUGCUUCGAGGUGAUCCUCAUCUCGGAUGCCAACACCUUCGGCGUGGAGAGCGCGCUGCGCGCCGCGGGACACCAUGGCCUGUUCCGUCGCAUCCUCAGCAACCCGUCGGGGCCCGACGCGCGGGGGCUGCUGGCGCUGCGGCCCUUCCACACGCACAGCUGCGCGCGCUGCCCCGCCAACAUGUGCAAGCACAAGGUGCUCAGCGACUACCUGCGCGAGCGGGCCCACGACGGCGUGCACUUCGAGCGCCUUUUCUACGUGGGCGACGGCGCCAACGACUUCUGCCCCAUGGGGCUGCUGGCGGGCGGCGACGUGGCCUUCCCGCGCCGCGGCUACCCCAUGCACCGCCUUAUCCAGGAGGCGCAGAAGGCCGAGCCCAGCUCCUUCCGCGCCAGCGUGGUGCCCUGGGAAACGGCCACCGACGUGCGCCUCCAUCUGCAACAGGUGCUGAAGACGUGCUGAGGACGGCGGCCUGCAGGGGGCGCCCGGGCGGGGUGGGGGUGGGGGACCGCGGGAAAGACAAACCUAGUUUUAUUACUCCCUUUCCCUCGCUCUCGCUUCGGUAUGUCCCUCUGGAAAUUCCGGGAAUCCCGGGCUCGUCCACGUGGGGGCUGGGAGAGGGAGUUCGGAGCCGUCCCUGUCUAUGCAGUUAACCCCAAUCGGCUGCCUCUCUGCCCCCCUCCCCGUCCCCGUUUCACUGCAACGUUAAAUUCUGUAGUCCGGCCCCACCGAGGUGGUUGGUGCACAUCCCUGGGAAGGCAGCGGUGUUUCCAAGAUCCUUGUCCUCGGAACUGAGAGGAAGCGGUCCCCACGGCUUUCACUGCUCCCCUGAACUGCGGAACCUUCCCAUCUCCCUUUCUUCUGCUAAGGGAACUCGCGACCCCAAAGCCUCCCCCGUCGCGCCGGAAUCCCAGCAGAGAGAGAUGAAGCUCUGCACCCACGACCUCAGGCCUAGAUCUUGCUUCACCUAGCGCGUCUCCACACGACACCCUUUUUCUUCUGGCCUCCCUCCCCGCACACAAUCCCCUUCUCCCACCCCCACCAGCAUCCCCAAAGGGGUGGGGGGAAGCCAGAGGGAACAGUCGCCGCCUUGUGGUGGAACGAGGUAGCACACUGUCCGACUCGGGUCCGUCCAGCCUGGGAUCUCGAAGCGCGCGACGGUGGCUCCCCUCACCCCAGCCUCUUCUAUGCAGCAAGAGACCAGGGACUUUACCAAAGUCGCCCCGCGGGCUGGGCCGUCUGCGCCUCCGUCCUCCCGUAUGGAACAGAAAGCCAUGAUGUUUUAAAGCCGAGCCAGCGAAAGCCAAGCCCUUCCUCCCUCUUUGGUGUUCUCGAGCUAUAAAGAAGGUGAAGGGGGAA